CAACGGCAACGUUCAACAUCCUUUCACUUUCACUCACCAUCGAACCCGCCGUGGUCGCCGAGUCCUAACAGCUAUCACCCCGUAAUCUUUGCGAUACAUCUGUGGCUACUCUUUCCCAACAUCAUGCCCAGUACUCAACCUUCAGGCUCAAGUUCCUCCCAGCAGGCUCCGAGUCGGCCCAUGCCUUUUGGGAUAGUCCUGCGAUACAACACCGAUUUGCCUAACUUCAAGUCCAGCAUGUUCAGGAGCGCCUUCGACCUUCGGUGGGAUCUUCACUCGUGCCAUGUCAGAGAGGACCUCAAGACGUUGGGCAUCGCGCUGCCUUCAGGCACAAUUGUUGUGGGCGCCCCGCAGUGGAGGAAUGGGGAGAUCAUCUGCUACUGGCAUUCCAGUAAAGGGGCCGAAGUCAUCAACGACGUGCGAAUGCGCGUGGACCACGUCAAGAGGAAUUGGCUCUUUGGCCAGUGCAACAUCAACAACAUCGAGGUUAUAUGCAUCAACAUCGUCCCACUUGAAGGUCCAAUCCAGCAAACGACUCGGACGCAGAUUAUAGAACCACAGUCGACGUCGAAACACAAGCGCGCACUAUCCCACAACGGCAUCGCCGCGCCCACUAUCCCGAAGCGACACCGUAGCGACACUCACGAUGCUAGCACCUGUGACUCUGGGAUGCUUACGGCCACGUCAAUCUCUGCGGCAACCAACGUCGAGAACCUCCCUCCGAUGGGCGCUCGUGCUCAUCAGGCCUCGUCUACUCUCGCGUCUAGCUCGACUCUUCUAGGCGGUAGCUAUGUUCUCCGAGACCGCGUAAACGAUGGCCCUCGCUCUGAUCUGGAGGCUUCUGGUGGUCCUGCUAUCGCUAAUGGUGUAUCGACUGGACAGGCCACAAACCGCUUGGUUUCUGACGCACUGGCAGCCGCGGUGGUGCCUCCCUUGCAAAUUCCUGUGUACCGCCACGGAGAACUCUAUCCGUCGGUCGAUUACCUGCUCAAGACAGUGGAAGCGAAGAACCGGUACAUCGCAGAUCUGGAAACCAAGCGUACAGAACUGGCCAUUCAGUUGAGGCUUGCCAUUCUGCAAAGCGGACGACAUCAAGAGGAACUCAACAUACACAUUCAGCUCAUCCAACGCCUCGGCAACGAGAUGGUCGGGAUGAGGGCAACUAUCGAAGACCUGCAGAGGCGUCACAACCGCUUGCUCAUGGGACUUCCCGCUGACGCUCCUAUCGUCGAUGGACCUGCAGGCGAACACGGCGCCGAACCAGCCGUUUGACGAGAACCUACACUUCACUCGAAGGCUUCAGGACUUUCAGGCAUGUUCACGGACCUAUCGUCAUGUCUACCACUGUAUCUCGGUUUGUAUUCUCGGAUGUAACAUCACUAUACCCCAACUAUACCCGCUCACCUAUGUAGCACAUGGACUAUGUACACAUGUAUCAUUUGGCUCCGU